AUGUUUUUAACACAAAUACCAAAACAAUAUUCCAAGAUCUCUUUGAAUGUUGUGAUCUUUAUCAUUGUUUGCAUCAUCACCCACACCUUAGCCGUCACCAGACCCCUGGAUCGCAAUGCCUACACAAUUUACUACAACAACAAGCCUGCCAACAAGUCAGGCCACUUUAUGUUCGAUUUUCAGACCUCAAAUGGUAUAACGACAAAGGCGGCGGGCAAUGAGCACGGCUCUAGUGGUGUAGUGCAGUAUGUUUCGUUGGAGGGUCUACCCAUCACCAUGACAUAUGUGGCCGAUAGUGACGGCUAUCAUCCGGAUGGUGAACAUAUACCAAAAAUACCAAAACAUAUUACGGAAUCUCUAGAAUAUAUACGUACACAUCCCGCCAUCGACGAAAAGAAAUCGCGUAAAAUGUAAAUUAGAUUUAAGGUAAACGAAAUUGAAAGUAAAGUCAAAUGUGCUUACAACGAACCCGGCUUAUAAUGAGGCUUCCUCAAUGGUUCUGUGUAAAUUCCAAAUUAAUUAUAGCAUUCUUAAUCAAAAAUAUUACUAAGAAUAUAUCAAACAUGGAAUUACCGCCAAAUCCGGGAUUUCCCCCUAUCCGAGUUCAUUCAUUAUAGCCCUGUUCGAAUAAUGUAAUAUUAUUACGUAUACGAAUGUACAA